UUCACCACUACACCCAUACAAUGCCACAGAGCGACUGCAAACAAACGGCUGUCAAACUUCCGCUCUCUCCGGCGCACAGUUGCAGAACGUAAACAAACAUCCACAUUACUUUCUUGGUACUUGCCGCGCAAUGAAGGACAGCCGGAAGCGUCGGAAAUCAAGACGCGAUAGUACGUCUUCAUCCUCAUCCUCAAGCCGAGAUAGUAGCGCCAGUUCCACCAGCGGCACCAGCGAUAGUGACUCCUCCAGCACCAGCAGCUCCAGCCGGAGCAGUAGCGUCGAGCGAAAGCGCCGGAAAAAGGAGCUGAAGAAAAAGCUAGCCAAGCAACAGAAGAAGGAAGCGAAAGCCAAAAAGAAGGCACUGCGCAAGGAAAAGAAAGCCAGAAGGAAGCAGGAAAAGUUGGAGAGCAAGCUCGCGAAACGAAAACUAAAAGAAGAGCGGAAAAGCCGCAGAAAGCAGGAAAAUCACUCGAAAGAUGGGGACAUCCCGAAUAGCAGUAGUAGUAGGACGGCACCACCAUUGGCAGGGAAAGACCAGGGAAGCGGCCCAUCAGUGUUGGCCUCGGAUCCGUCGCUGGACUGUGGCAUUCCGCUCGAUCUAAUGAAUCGGAAAGCGAUGGCACCGGAAACGCGCGAAGAGUAUGAGGCACGGCAGUCGAUUCUGCGACGUGUGGUCGAUCCGGAAACAGGCCGAACGCGACUGAUCAAGGGUGACGGGGAAAUCAUCGAGGAGUGUGUGAGUCGCGACCGGCACAAGGAGAUCAACCGGCAGGCAACGGCAGGUGAUGGGGCAGAGUUUCAGCGCAAAACACUCGGACGCAAUGUGCGCUAAGAGCACACAGUCAAUGCUACCAAAAUAAACAACAAUAUUUGCAAACCAAAAAGAAAAAAAAUCGUUUAAAAAACAAGUUUACUGUGAUUUGUUGCGCGUUUUCUGUCAUUUUCCAGCUCACUUCCGUUUUGACAUUUUGGCAACAGGCGAAGGUGUGCGUGCGCUUUUUGCAGCAAAUCGUCACGCACACGUACACACAGGCUUAGACGGACGGAUUGAGACGACGUCUUCUGUCACAGGUGAAAGAAAAGAUGCUGCGUGAACCAACACAGCGGCAGCGUCGCGAAAAAUGCAGACCUAAAGUGUAGCUCAAGAUUGAACCGUUCAAGGACGAUGGACGAAGGAUCAUUAUUUGUGUUAGCUUUCGUAAUUUGAGAGUAAGCCUGUCGUCUGUGCGUGUGUGUGCUCUCUGUGCUUGUUAUUCGUCCUCCUGUUUCGUGUUGCUACGGUUCGGCGGCUCAGGUAAUCCCUGCUUUGCAUCAACGUGCUUUCUCGACCCGAGCCCUGCGGACAGUUAUUGAUUGCCGGCCUGGCCUUCUUCAGGUAGCGAAAGGAGGCGCAUAGUCCGCAUCAAUCGCCGCCAGUGGCGUCUUGCACCGACGAUGUUCGAUUGAUUUCAGCGUACACAUAAUCAUUCCCGUUUGGUUCCUUUAGCCGUAAACAAUAGUAUCUGUCCUGUCGUUUGUUUUGCUUCAACGUCACAUCGCCGACGGUAAAAAA